GCCGCCACGCGCCGCGCCAUGGAGCUGCUGGCGGGCUGCUACGAGCAGGUGCUGUUCGGCUUCCGGGCGCGGCCGGGCGCGGGGCGCGGGUGGGCGGCGGCCGCGGGCUUCACGCACCACGCGCACGGCGCCUGCGUCACGGCCGUGGCGGCGGGCGGCCGCUUCGUGGUCACGGGCAGCAAGGACGAGGCCAUCCACGUCUACGACCUGCGGCGGCGGCGGGACCACGGCGCGCUGCUGCACCACCGCGGCUCCAUCACCUGCCUGAGGUUCCACGGCCACAGGCACCUGCUGAGCGGCGCCGAGGACGGGCUCAUCUGCGUGUGGGACGCCCGGAGGUGGGAGUGCCUCAAGACCCUGCGCGCCCACCGGGGACACGUGACCGGCCUGUCCAUCCACCCGUCGGGCAAGCUGGCCCUGUCCGUGGGAACCGACAAGACUUUGAGGACAUGGAACCUUGUAGAAGGAAGGUCUGCGUUCGUGAAGAACAUCAAGCAGAACGCCCACAUAGUGGAGUGGUCCCCGAGCGGGGAGAAGUACGUGGUGGUCGUGCAGAGUAGAAUAGACGUCUACCAGCUGGCCACGGCCUCCAUCAGCGGCGCCAUCAACUGCGGGAGGCGCGUGUCUGCACUCGCCUUCCUGUCGGAGUCUGUGCUCGCUGUGGCCGGCGACGAGGAGAUCGUGAGGGUGUUCGACUGUGACUCGCAGCAGUGCCUGUGCGAGUGGAGAGCCCAUGAGAACAGGGUGAAGGACAUGUGCAGUCUGGAGGUCCUGGGGCAGCGGGUCCUGGUCACGGCGUCCAGCGACGGCUUCAUCAAAGCGUGGCAGUUCAGUCAGGACAUGAAGGUGCCCCCCGCCCUCCUCUGCGAGGCGAACACCAGCGCCCGGCUGACGUGCGUCGCGGUGUGGCUGGACAGCGCCGUGGCCAACGGAGCGGACCGGCCUCCCGGCGCGGAGCCCUCCCCAGUGAGUCAGGAGCACCCUGCAGCCUGUGAGGAGGAGGAGGAGGAGGAGGAGGAGGAGGAGGAGGAGGAACAGAGCUCCCAGCCCAGCACAAAGAAACGGGGCCGUGAGGCAGUGCGUAGGGCCGGGCUGGGGUCGGCCAAGCGGAGGAAACCCAUGGAGGAGGUGGAGAAGAGCAACGGCCGGCCAGGGGCAGGGAAGGGCGGCCCGGAGUCGGCCCAGCAGGACGCGACAGAGACCCCAGAGAAAAGGACCCAGAAGCUGGCGAGUGGAGACGCAGGCCUGGGGCCGGCCCGGAGGAAGCGGGUGAAGAAGCUGAAGAAGAGGGACCGUGGGGCAGCGCCAGGCAGCGGCCCGGGCCCAGCCAGGAGGACCAAGCUGGGGGUGUGAGUGGACGGGGACCUGACCGGGCCCUUCCCAGCGCCUGGGUUGGUUUUCCCUAAAGAAGUGCUGGCGGUGUCCGUCUUUUGGAGGGAAUGAAUGAACAACCACUGUGGGGUUCUUUUUUUGCUUUUUAAAGGGAUCAAAACUCUUUUCUGGGAGCCGAGCAAUAGUAUAGUGGGUAAGAUACUCACCAGUCCCUGGUGCAGUCCUGGCACCACAGAGGGUCCCCAGAGCCCGCCGGGAGCGACCCCUGAGCGCGUCAGGGGCAGCCAACAGCAGACCUGGGAACCUCCGUUCUGUGGACAGCGUUGCUGAGUGCCUGGUGGGACAUUGUAGAUGUGCAGUAGGAGAGACCGCACCACACGUGCCUCCCCCGAACCCUCACCCAGGGGCCGAGGGCAUUUGUGCCACGAGCCCCCAAACAGGCGAGGUCGUGAGCUCCUUCAACUGAUGAAAAAUGCUUUUGUAUUCUCAUAAAUGGCAGCAAAAACAACUUUGUCUUUAAAUGAAUUUAGUGGUUUUAAGGUCUUACCCCUGAAGUUAAAAUAGGUCUGGAAAGAUUUUUUGUAUCUGAGAAAAUUUUGGAAAUGACAUAAAAUAUAUAUUUAUGAAGCAUA